AUGGCCUUGACUCGGAGGCAACACGAUGCCAAUGGCAAUGUGGUGUUGAAUGGUGACCUGGCUGCUAAUAACGGCACCUCUGCGCCUAGAUCUGCGCCCGCUGUGCAGCAGUUCCAGAGUCCCCUGAGACAGCACAAGAGAACGCCUUCGCAACAUCGAGAAGUCAAGGAAACGUUGAAUGCGCGGUCCGAGUACAUGAGCGACGACACCGAAGGCACCAAACACAUAAUCAACCAGUAUAUCAUUAAGGAGGAGAUUGGCCGAGGCUCCUAUGGCGCCGUCCACCUCGCAACCGACCAGUUCGGCAACGAGUAUGCCGUCAAGGAGUUCUCCAAGACGCGUCUUCGAAAACGAGCACAGUCCAAUAUCCUGAAGCGACCACAAGGAGCAAAGCCCGGCCGUUUCCCUCCAGGACGAGGUAUGCGGGCAUCAUGGUCCCAGCACAUGAGAGCGCUCAGCAACCACGAUGCCGCCGAAGCAAAGGACUCGCUGUUUCUGAUUCGCGAGGAGAUUGCCAUCAUGAAGAAGCUGAAUCACCCGAAUCUGGUGUCCUUGAUCGAGGUCCUCGACGACCCCGAGGAGGAUUCCUUGUACAUGGUGCUGGAAAUGUGCAAAAAGGGCGUCAUCAUGAAAGUAGGCCUUGACGACCAGGCAGACCCCUAUCCGGAAGAAAGCUGUCGCCAUUGGUUCCGUGACCUGAUCUUGGGCAUUGAGUAUUUACAUGCGCAAGGAGUGGUGCACCGAGACAUCAAGCCGGACAACUUACUCCUAACUCAAGACGAUGUCCUGAAGAUUGUCGAUUUUGGCGUUUCGGAAAUGUUCGAAAAACCAGAAGAUAUGAAAACGGCCAAAUCUGCGGGCUCGCCUGCAUUCUUGCCCCCGGAGCUCUGCAGGUCCAAACACGGCGACAUCUCAGGCAAAGCAGCCGAUAUCUGGUCCAUGGGAGUUUCGUUGUAUUGUUUGAAGUAUGGCCGGCUGCCGUUCAGACGAAUCAAUGUGCUCGAAAUGUACGAGGCCAUUCGCACCGAAGGUCUUGAGCUGCCCCCUGAUGAAAAUCGGGAUUUCGUGGACCUGAUAUCAAGGCUACUGGACAAAAAUGCCGAAACGAGGAUAGGCAUGCGUGAAAUCAGAGCAAGUACCUUGACGAGCCUUAACCACUCUUGGGUGACGAAAGGAGGCAGCGAUCCUCUGCUAUCUGAAGAGGAGAACUGCGAGAACAUGGUCGAGCCACCUAAUGAGCUCGAAGUUAAUCAUGCCUUUACUCGCAAAAUGAGCCACAUGCUUGUGGUGAUGGUUGCCAUCCACAAAUUCAAGGCGCUCAUAAACAAGAGCCGAGUCGGCACCCCAGAAGCAAGAACACCGCGGAAAUCCAAGACACUGGACGUUCCGAUUCACGCCCUGGAGGCUCCUGAGCCAGCCGUACGACCCAUCAAUACUGAAGAGCUCCCAUCGCGACCGCCCCCCCCGCACAAAGCGACGGCGGAAGAGGCCGCCGAGCUUAUUGAGGCGCGGAAAGCCUACCAUGCUGCUACCACGGACGCGAGAAACCCCCCCGCAUUAGACACGUCAGGCAAGGGCCAGGCGCACGAUCCCACGUCAGCGGAGCCGCGCUUCCUGGGCAUCGGCACGGGGGUCAGCGACGAAUUCGCCACGUCCGAGUCCCCAGCCGAUGUCGUAUCCGACUCGCCUACGGGAAUCGACUUCGACGUCUACGACCGGGCUUUCUCCGACGAGGUGGAACGCAUUCGCUCCUCCUCGGAGAAGCAGGGCCGUCGCCGGACCACGUACCUGACCAAGUUCGUGAGCGAGAAGGAAAAGUACUUCGGUGAUGAGUGUAUGGUCAUGGAGGCCGGACGCAGUAUUCCCUCCUUAGUCGCCAACACUCGCGGCAAGGCGAGCUCGGCGGCCGCGAAGACCUGGAGCCAUAUUGCCCUGGGAUACGGCAAGGAGGGAAGCACGGCGACUACUUCCGACGCUACUGGCGAGCAGGAGCCGAGCAGGCCGGGGCUGUGGAAGGGGAAGGCGGAAACCAAGAGGAAUGAGACGCAAGAGUUUAUCAGGGAGACGGGGCACCGGUUCGCCGACCUGGUAUCCGCUACGAUGCAUGGUACAAAGGCCAAGUCAGGCGGCGGUGAGUCAAGUUGA